CAGGGACCCCGCACCGGGCAGGGGGCAGGGGGCAGGGGGCGGUGUCCCCAGGCCAACGCCAGGGGAGAAGCCGACCCGAAGCCGGCGCUGUCCCCCGGCUCCUGGGAGUCCUCAGACGGACUGAUGGCCUCCCCGCCCCCUCCCCCAGGAGGCCCAGGGUGGUACCGCCACAGCCUCGCCUCACCUCACCCCCCCUCGGUGCUGUGGGAGGGAGAGGGAGCCCCAGAAGCCCUCCCUUCCCUCCUCCCCCCUCCUCCCCCCACCCCGGGGAGGGCCGCUACAAUUUGUGGUUACAGCUUUACACGUCAGAAAAAAAAAAAAAAGUUUGCAGAAUGUCCCACACCGAAAAAAAAAAAAAAUCCGAAACCGAGCGAAAAAAACCUGCGAGUGGGCCUGGCGGAUGGGAUUAUUAAAGCUUCGCCGGAGCCGCGGCUCGCCCUCCCACUCCGCCAGCCUCCGGGAGAGGAGCCGCACCCGGCCGGCCCGGCCCCAGCCCCAUGGACCUCCGAGCAGGAUCCUAGAGGUGACUGCCAGAUCCCCAGGCUUGGAGUUGUGUUGAGAUGUGAGGAACAGGGAGGAGAAAGGAACUGAGUCAGGCAAGAGCUGGGGAUAGAAAGGAAGAGUGAGGAAAGCAGCGUCCAGGAGGAAACCACAAGCUCAGAGGGGACAGGAAAGGGUGAGCUAGUGUCCCCAGGGAGCAGUUGAGUGCCUGACCCUACUCUCUGUCCUAAAACACACGCGUGUACACACAAUCACACUUGCCUCAAACCAAGACGCUGUGACUUCUGGUACCCCACCGCCAUGCUCCCUUAGUAAAGCCGGCCAGUCACACAUCUGAAAGAGUCCAGACUGACCAGGUGGGCCACUGCCGAAGUCCUCACUGACCCCUGUCCUCCAUAAGAGAUGUUUUAUACAAAUGGAGUCUUGCAUCCUUCCUAGUUAUUAGCCCUCUCCAAAACUCUGCCCCAGCACUGUGAUUAGACCUAACCUAGUCUUCAUUCUUUCUUGAAUCCAAACCCCAUCCUAACCAUGGGCAAAGCGUUAUACCUAUCUAAGUUAUUUCUGCCUAUCAAAGCAACCUAUGUCAUUAUAGAAAAAUCUGAGAGUAUAAAAUAUGAACUAUAGGGGUGGUGGAAAGAGAAGGUGGCAGCAAAAAAAAAAAAAAAAGGAAAAAAAAGAACUAUAGGAAAGAAACCACUCAUGACCUCACACCUAUUCAAGCUGAAAACCCAAACUAGCCCUGCUCUUCAUAACAUGACAAGCAGCGCCCCAUCUGAUACCUAAACCGACCAAGUCACAGCCCUCCAACUCACCCUCUGCCUGCCCAGACCUCACCACAUCCUUGCUGGACUCAAACCUCAACCGCACUAAAUCAACCAAAUCCCAAGUCUAAACUAAUCUGAAACUUUUAAAGUAACCCAGUCCUUAAACCUAACCUAGCCCAAUGCCAAUUAUAUCUACCCUAGCCAAACCCUAACUGCCUUUGCCAGUCCAAAGUGUCCACUGAAUCCUCACCUUGGUCCUCACUUAAAAUCCCAGAAAAGCAUAUUUCCCCACUGCCCACGUCCCUCCUUACAGCACCCAACCCUGGCCUCUGGACUCCUGGUAUCCUGGGAUGUCCAAACUCUGCAGUGCCAUCAGCCAACAAGCCCGACUCGUCAAAUGCACUUCUCUCCCUUCCUGUCCCCACCCUCGCAGGCUGAUGGAAAGGCCUCACUGAAGUCCAACUUUUCCCCACCUAACACCAAGAACGGGGUGAACCUCCACACUGCCACCGUUCCCUGAGAGUGAGCACUAAAUCUCCUUCAAUCUAACCCCACCCUACACUUCCCACACUCAGGAAUCACAUCCUAGAAUAUACCCAAAACUAAGCCCCAUAAGGCAGCCCGACCCUGGUGGUCUAACCCUAUACCUUGCUUCCUAUGGGCGACUCUGUUCUUGGCGGCCACCUCUCUCCUGCUUCCUCCCUUAGGGCUGACUGUGCUUAGCCUGCCAGCUCUGACAUGUGCUGUCUCCCACCCUCUGACUCCCCUCAAGCUGCAGUGGGACUGGAAGACUGGCAGGAAGCUAGGGUACAACUGGAACACAGGCAGGUCGACCUGCACUCCCUAGGCCUGGCCCCGUCCCUCCAUGUACACACACAUACAUGUUGGCACACACACACUGGCACACAUGCCAAAGACUCUCUCAGCUGACACACAGAUCCAUUCUCAAGUAUCUACUGAUAGACACUCAUGCGUGCCAAGUCCUCAUCCUCAAACAUACACAUGCCUCUCUUUCUCUCCCGUCUUGCCAGGAGUGUUUCCCCUCCUCCAUCCCCUCUGCCUCCCAUCUGGUGUCCCACCCUCACCCCCCUCCCAGCCCAAGGUGGGGACAGACACCUGAGGGGCUGCCAGCUGCUUCCCCGUGUGGGCCCGGGCCGCGCUCAUGCUUCUCGUCCAUCCUGCCCACAGGGGACUCGUGGGGGAUGUUAGCGUGCCUGUGCACGGUGCUCUGGCACCUCCCUGCAGUGCCAGCUCUCAAUCGCACAGGGGACCCAGGGCCUGGCCCCUCCAUCCAGAAAACCUAUGACCUCACCCGCUACCUGGAGCACCAACUCCGCAGCUUGGCUGGGACCUAUCUGAACUACCUGGGCCCCCCUUUCAACGAGCCUGACUUUAACCCUCCCCGCCUGGGGGCAGAGACUCUGCCCAGGGCCACUGUUGACUUGGAGGUGUGGCGAAGCCUCAAUGACAAACUGCGGCUGACCCAGAACUACGAGGCCUACAGCCACCUUCUGUGUUACUUGCGUGGCCUCAACCGUCAGGCUGCCACUGCUGAGCUGCGCCGCAGCCUGGCCCACUUCUGCACCAGCCUCCAGGGCCUGCUGGGCAGCAUUGCGGGCGUCAUGGCAGCUCUGGGCUACCCACUGCCCCAGCCGCUGCCUGGGACUGAACCCACUUGGACUCCUGGCCCUGCCCACAGUGACUUCCUCCAGAAGAUGGACGACUUCUGGCUGCUGAAGGAGCUGCAGACCUGGCUGUGGCGCUCGGCCAAGGACUUCAACCGGCUCAAGAAGAAGAUGCAGCCUCCAGCAGCUGCAGUCACCCUGCACCUGGGGGCUCAUGGCUUCUGACUUCUGACCUUCUCCUCUUCGCUCCCCCUUCAAACCCUGCUCCCACUUUGUGAGAGCCAGCCCUGUAUGCCAACACCUGUUGAGCCAGGAGACAGAAGCUGUGAGCCUCUGGCCCUUUCCUGGACCGGCUGGGCAUGUGAUGCGAUCAGCCCUGUCUUCUCCCCACCUCACAAAGGUCUACCGAGCUGGGGAGGAGGUGCAGUAGGCCCUGUCCUGUCCUGUUUCUACAGGAAGUCAUGCUCGAGGGAGUCUGAAAUGGUUCAAGUUGGUGCAGAGGCGCUCAUGGCUUCCUGCUUCUUGCCUACCACUUGGCCAGUGCCCACCCAGCCCCUCAGGUGGCACAUCUGGAGGGCAGGGGUUGAGAGGCCACCACCACACAUGCCUUUCUGGGGUGAAGCCCUUUGGCUGCCCCACUCUCCUUGGAUGGGUGUUGCUCCCUUAUCCCCAAAUCACUCUAUACAUCCAAUUCAGGAAACAAACAUGGUGGCAAUUCUACACAAAAAGAGAUGAGAUUAAGGGUGCAGGGGUGGGGUCUGCAUUGGAGGUGCCCUAUAAACCAGAAGAGAAAAUACUGAAAGCACAGGGGCAGGGACAGACCAGACCAGACCCAGGAGUCUCCAAAGCACAGAGUGGCAAACAAAACCCGAGCUGAGCAUCAGGACCUUGCCUCGAAUUGUCUUCCAGCAUUACGGUGCCUCCUCUCUGCCCCCUUUCCCAGGGUAUCUGUGGGUUGCCAGGCUGGGGAGGGCAACCAUAGCCACACCACAGGAUUUCCUGAAAGUUUACAUUGCAGUAGCAUUUUGGGGUGUGGGUUGGCAGCUCCCCAAGGCCCUGCCCCCAAGCCCCACCCACUCAUGACUCUAAGUGUGUUGUAUUAAUAUUUAUUUAUUUGGAGAUGUUAUUUAUUAGAUGAUAUUUAUUGCAGAAUUUCUAUUCUUGUAUUAACAAAUAAAAUGCUUGCUCCAGAA